AUGGAGCGCCUCUCAGUACACCCCGAAAGCCUCCGAAGAGUCAGACCCGAUGAGAUUGUAACUAUACAAGUCGAAGACGAAAUUGCCCAGAAGAUCUCCACACAGACGCAGAGCAGCCUCCAGGCGCAAGGACGCUUGUUCAUUAUAGAUCACAGCAGCUUGGCUAACCUCACGUUGACGGCCGGCAGAUACGCCGGCGCUUGUCAAGCCUUCUUUUUCAUUCAUCCGGUCUCAGGCGACUUUCUACCACUCGCAAUCCGCCCGAACAAUGGCUCGCCCCUGACUUACACCCCCCUCGACUCGGCUAAUGACUGGAAGUUGGCUAAAAUAUUGCUCAACUCUAAUGAUGUCUGGCACAAUCAGUGGUACCAUCUGGCAGCAGCACAUUUCUCUUCCGACCUUGUAUGGAUGUCGGCUACUCGGGCGUUCAGUGACGCCCAUCCUGUCUGGGGCCUGAUCCGACGCCUUGGUGUCAACAGUUUUGCAUACAGAGUAGCAGCAAGUGAAAGUCUCGUCUGUCCCGGGUGCGAUAUCGAGAAGAACUUUCCAUGGAAUGGCGCCGAGGCCGUCACGUACAGUCAGCAAGUGUGGCAGUCUGAUGGCAAAGCUUGGCGCAGAAACUACCUCUCCACCAAGCUCGUUCGACGAGGUCUCUUAAACUGUAAAUACGGCCCGACGCUAAAGUUUUUCCCGUAUUACGAAGAUGUAUCCGUCAUCAUGCACGCCAUGCGGGCUUUCCUCACGGACUUUGUGGACGCCUACUACGAAAACGACGAUGCCAUUGCAAAAGACGUGGAGUUGAUUGGGUGGUUCAAGGAAGUUGCUGUAGAGGCUUCUAUUGUCGAUUUUCCAAGCUCGAUUUCAACGCGACUUGAGCUUGUCGAUGUGCUGGCCCACCUGGCGUAUCUCAUCUCGAUACUUCACGGAUCGCUCAACAGCAACAGCCUGGUGCAGUAUAGCGGAGUUCUUCCGAUGCAUCCUCUCUGCCUCUAUCAUCCCUUUCCUGUCGAAAAAGGGGUCACCAGCCUCCUCCCUUUCCUCCCCGAUCUCAAUGCUUCAUUGCAGCAGAUUGCCCUCCUAGCCAAUUUCAAUCAGGGUCCAAUUAUCAACACGCCUGAUUCCAUUUUAUUCCUUUUUGAUGAACCUUCAUUCAAAGGAAGAGUGAACGACAAGGUGCGGGCCGCCGCUGAGAGGUAUACAUCAACCCUCCAGAAGUUUAGUGAUGAGGUUGGCAAGCGAAAGCUAGAUUCGGACGGGCUGUCCCAAGGCAUGCCAUUUGUAUGGAACCUGUUCAAUCCGGAAACAGCGCCAGGCAUCCUAGCUGCUUAA